CAAUAGCUGUACAAAUCAUUAACGUGAUCUGAUCAACAACAAAAGCCUUUAUUUUUGAAAAAUCAAAACAACACGACUACAUUUUGAUCAUAUUAUACAAUAUCGGAUCAGCCUCAUCACCUACAAUAAUAUAACUCGUUAUUAUUAAAUCAUUAAAUCAAAAUACAUCAACCUAUAUAAAUAUAUAAAAAUAAAAUGUUAGAAGCAAUAUUUGGUAAGAAAAAGACACCUAAAGAAUUACUUCGUGAAUAUAAAAGAAAUAUUGAACGUACAAUGAGACAAAUGGAAAGAGAAAGAUUAAAAUUACAAAAUCAAGAAAAGAAAUUAAUUAAUGAUAUGCGUCGUUUGGCAAGACAAAAUCAAAUGGAAACAGUUAAAAUUAUGGCUAAAGAUUUAGUUCGUACACGUAAUCAUAUAACUAAAAUGCACAAAAUGAAUGCUCAACUUCAAGCAAUUUCAUUAAAAUUGACAACUUUAAAUUCAACAAAUGAAAUGACACAAGCAAUGAAAGGAAUGACAAGAACAAUGACAUUAAUGAACAAACGUUUAAAUUUACCUGAAAUGCAAAAGAUUAUGCAAGAAUUUAUGAAACAAAAUGAAAUGAUGGAUAUGAAAGAAGAAAUGAUGGGAGAUAUGAUGGAUGAUGUUAUGGAAGAUGAUGAAGUUGAAGAAGAUGAAUUAGUAAAUCAAGUUUUAGAUGAAAUUGGUUUAGAUAUGAGUGGUAAAUUAGGUAAAACUCCAAAUAAUAAGAUUUUAAAUGAAGAAACAGAACAACAAGAUAAUACAGAUGAUUUACAAGAACGUUUAGAAAAUUUAAGAAAGAAUUAAUUUUUUAGUACCCUUUCUUUGUAAAUAUAUUAAACAAUUUUUGUAAUUCUAUUAU